AUGGAUGAAAAUGUAGGCUUAAACAUAAAACUGAACGUGGCUGUGUCGUCAGUAUUGGAUGACAUAGAAGGAGAAACGCAAGAAGCAGAGAUCGGAGCAGAGAUUGGAGUAAAGAUCGAAGCAGAGACCUUCUCUUCCGUCGGUGAUACCAACGGACUGACUUACAAUAACGGACGUGCCUUUUCAACGUACGAUCAUGAGAUCUAUGGAUGUGCCUUAAAUGAUCGAGGGGGAUGGUGGUAUUACAGCUGCACACUUGCUAAUCUAAAUGGAGAAUAUUUCACACCGGGUUCAAGUCAUGGUGAACCUGGAAUGACAUUCAGAUACUUUAAAGGUACAGAAUCUUUAAAGACAUCUAGAAUUAUAUUCAGACGCGUCUGA